AUGGCCUCCACGACAGCAGGUUGGGAGAAAAUGCAGGCCGCCCGCUGCACUGGGAGCCUGGAUCCAAUGUGGGUCAAAAGCCUAGACGAGGGCUACAAGGUGCUCCGGCAGACGUUCAGGUCUGGCAGGACGAAGAGUUAUGAGUGGCGUAGAUCACAGCUCUUGGCCAUCGAGAGAAUGCUUCAUGCUGAGGAAGUCAAGAUCGCGGAGGCCCUCGCCAAGGACUUGAGACGACCCGAGGAGCCAGAGUGGUGUUGGUAG